CAAGGCAAAGAUCUACAGUUCAGGAUGUUUCUCGGAAUCCCAUAUGCCGAUCCUCCCAUUGGGGAUCUGAGAUUCCGACCUCCACGAGCAUUGACGACAACAUGGAAUGAGACACAGAAUGCGACAGAGUAUGGCAAAGUCUGUAUUCAGGAUCCUACAACAUAUCAGACACAAGGGGGCUCUGUUGACAACAUGUCAGAGGACUGUUUGACCUUGAACAUAUGGGCACCUGGUAAUGGGUCAAACUCUCAACCAAAGGCUGUAAUGGUUUGGAUACAUGGGGGAGGGUACCAAGUGGGGAGCACUGACAAAGUAUAUG